GGAUGUGCAGCACGAGAGUUAAAAACUUAGCAUGGAGGAAGUCUGAUUUCUUACAUAUUCAUGAGACCUUUCUACUCGUGGUAACUAGUAGAAUUGAUAUGUAUGGAGCUUGAAAAUCAGAAUGGAGGGGCUGGUGGAGUAUGUGUGUGUACCACAAAUCAUAAGAAAAAUGUGACCAGAGCUCUCACCAAUUGUAAACUAAAGAUGCAUGAAAUGGCAGAUUACAUGAACUCAUUGAUGGGGUGGAAGCCUGGUCUUUGGCAAAGAGCUUCACCAAAUCCUUCAAUCAACUUGGAAGAAGGCUUUGAGAAUUGAGAUAUUGGUACUACUUGCAAUGGAGACAGUAUCCACACAGGACUUGCCUAUGAGUACAUGGCUAAUGGGUGCAAACUGCAGGGGCUUCUAAUGGCAAAGAAUCCUGCAUGGAAUUGGAGGAUUUCAGAAGUCUUUUAUAUUGACGACCUUGUCUACUUCUGGCAACAACUAGCUGAACUGUUAUAUGGAAGAUCUAAAAUAGAGGGCUAUUGGAGUAGCUGCGUCAUGGAAUCAUAAGGAAUGGAUAAGUGUCUUCGGCUUAAUUUUGCAUGUUUGCCAGAAAAAUUUCAGUUUGCAUUAGAUACUAUUUUCAAGCUUUCUUUAGCUUUCGUUUUGGAAACCAAAUUAAUUUACAAUUGAAGUGGUGUAAGUGCUUUCCUAUUUUCAUAAUUCUUCUGCAACAUAGCUCACACCGAGUAUACGCUAAAGGUGCAUGAGGGAGAGAAAAUAGAGGAUUGCAUACAAUCUUAUGCAUACAGGUUUUGUUUUUAAUGUUGAUGCCAAAGAACCGUCUCUUGCUAUGAAUCCAGACUUCAUUUGUCUCCAUAUAAUUGGCCUUGUUUACUGGAAUGUUGCUCUUAUUGCAAACAAAAACAACAGGACCUCAGCAAAUCCUUUGAUUAACUUGGCAAAACUCUUUGAGAUAUUGGCACAAUCCAGGGGAACCACAUGACCAUCACCGAACCGGGAGUGUUAAUGUCAUGGAGUCAAAUUACAAAGAUUUGAUGCGAUCAAACAUCAAUCACACUAUUGGUCGGAUGAGACGAGGUUCAUGGGCUCAAGUGAGAUAAAAUUUUCCUACCUAGUAGCAAGUUCAUAAUUUGAUGUUUUAGGAGUUCUGCCUUGACUUCAGUUUUGAAAACUGAAGUGAAAUCCAUUCUUACAUAGACUUUUGAGGUCAGAGAGUCGAGUCAAUUCAGGUUUCCGAAGUGGAUCAUCUUUUGCACCAGCUUCAGCAAACACAGUUCCAAGAAUUUCAAGGAUUUCCUCACUAGUUAUAAAGGACUUCAGUUUAUCGAAUCACAUACUCCUAGUGAGUGGAGAGGUUGGAUGUAACUCGGAAGUCCUAGAAAACUCAUAAACCAUCUAAUUCUUCUUUAUUACAGUAGAUUGGACCCUCUCCUUCGCCUGUAGGUGUAAGUACACAUUAUACCAUACCACAAAAACCUUGUGUCUACCUCUUAUUCCUUAUCCCUUUUCUUCACUAUUGAUUUUAAUUAUAAGUGUAUUCUUAUUCUUUGUGAACCAAUUGCCAAGUUAAUAGACACUGAAAUUAAUA